GAUGGCGAUAGACUAACUUUUCACAGCAUGUCCAAAGGUAACAAUCAUUCUGAUGUCACAAUUACUGUAAUCACAUCGAUGUUAGCAAUUUGUUGGCAAUCGGCCCUUUUCAUUUUCCUGUGCUGCCCUCUGCUGCACGCAGCUGGAUACGUUUUGGAAUGGUCCCGGGGCUUUUGCCGGUUUAUUCGUGUACCUGCGCCCACGUUGAGUGCACGUCGGUUGUUCGCUUCGUGGAUCGGGAAUAAUUAAUAAUGGCUCAUCCGGGGCAGCAUGUCGUUCCCUGGAAGCCGUGUAGCACUCACCGACUACUGGGGUGAGCAUGCCUGAGUGCGCUGUUGCGCCAACAAUGCAGCCGAUAAAGCCACGCCGAGUUCCGCCUGGCGACGUGGCUGCCUUGGAAUGUCUUGUCGCUGAUUUCUGCACUUGCACAUCGCUUUUUGUAGUCUUUUUACACGUUCAUUUGACAUUUCGCAUUACAAUAAGACUUGAAGCGCAGGCUUCCGCGUCGGAUUUACCGGAGCGGCGCACUUCUUUACAAGGACAUCUACAGACGGCGAUCGUUGUUAGCGUCAAAUAUUGGGGAAAGGUGCAUCACUGAUAUGAAAUAAUGGUGAAACGCAGCAAAACAUAAAUAUCUGCGCAUAUGAGCCGAGUUGUUCCAAACUAAGGCGAGUCAAUAUGAGCGGCCGUGUCACAUACACGACAGCAACUGUGAUCCAGAUAGAUAGUAGAGAGUUUUAUAAUAGCCCCCCCCCCCAAAAAAAAAAAAUUGCGGCGAAGCCAUUGCGCAUGCGCAAGACGCAAACUACGUUUGUGUUUUGCGUUGGGAACGCUAACUCAGCGAUUUGGCGCUGUUUCACCCUUCCAAAACGUUUCGCGACUAAUCUGCUAGCGCAGGGCGCAUGCGCCGUCGCGCGGUGACAAAGGCGGAUUCACGCCCGGUUCUUUUCUUCUUUGUUUUAACAUCCGUAAAUCACGCAUUCGCGUAGUGAGCAAUUGUCCGCUAAUUGAGAGCUUACAUGAAAUGAAUAAAGAAAAGUGAAGGGUAAAGAAAAAAAAAGGCGAUUUGGAAGUACACAUGCUACUGCAAAACGUCAUGCUGUCAAAAAUGAAAUUGGGCAAACCUAUACAAAAAUUAUUACGAGAUACUAAGAAAACAAAAUUUAGCAAAAUAAGAUCAUCCCCCACUCCAGGCUCUCCUUGGUACAGCCCUCAACAAAUUCGAGCAGACUAUUUGAUCUUGCUAUAGAAUUCCAUUAUCCCACAUCUGGUCGACAUAGGCGCAAUAACACGACGGAUCACGCGCUAAGUAAAAGUGUUUACUAUCGCUAUCUCUCGUAUCUCAGAGUCACAUUGCCGUUGUCAAAGUGCUCUAAAGCAACGAUCGAACAGAUAUUGGAGACCAGUCGAAACACGAACCUUCAAAUGGAGUAAAGGAAGAAGAAGAACGACACCGAGGCCGCGCACUCGUGCGCUGGCGCUAGAGGUUCACGUGGCACAGGAAAAUCUUGCUCGCACUUUCGAACACGCAGCUGACCGUGGCACGCGCAUAUCCAAGCAUCUCUCAGAAGGACGGACCCGGCUUAGUACCCGCCAUGGGCAUCGCUGUAUCCAGCGGCGUACUCGAUGUACCCAGUCUCCUCCACGGCGGCGCAUCAGCCUUCUCAGAAGCAUCGUCACCCCAGAAGUUGCCUUCGUUCACAAUGCACGUCCUGCUUCCAGACGAAGCCGUGGACGACGUCCUCCCGAGGAACGGCGACCUUGUGGUCAAGACUCUGGACGCGGCUGAGGAAGAGGCUCGUAGCAGCUGCGCACCACAUCGGAGGAGGCUUGUCCCGGGGGCCGAGUGCGACAGGAUCGUUGAGAAGGACGCCAAGGACAACCUGGCUGAGUACAACUCCCUGCAAGCACCGCGCACCGUUCAAGGACAUCGGCACCUGGUGGAAGAGGUAUCCAGGGACACCAGGCACUGGGUGAUAUACAGGAAAAGGAACCACUACGAGCCAUUGAAAAUACUCAUCCUCUUCAAGCAAGGUUACCGAAGGGACCAUGGACAAAGCAGUUAAAAGACGUGCCGGAUGGUUUCUCAGAGCAAGAAAUCUUGGCACAUCAGAAUGCACAUAGUGCUCAGAAGCAUACUAUAAGCGGAUACAGGAUGUUUAAAGCAGAUAAGGUUCACAAUGUUCUUAUUUGCAAGGCUGACAGUUCCACUUUUCUUAAAGCAACCGUGGAGGCAUCGUUCUCUUUGGCAAAAUUAUAUAACACUGCUGCUGUGCUCUCGUCAAAUGGAACUGUGGUUGAAGGAACCUGCAACUGCCGGGCUGGAGCUGCAGGUGUUUGUAAACAUGUAGCUGCCUUACUAUGGUUUGUACUAGACUUGAAGCGCUCUGGGGCAGCCUACGUGCGAGACACACAGUCGUGUACAGACAAACCCAGAGCAUGGGGUACUGGCGCUAAGAAGGCCAACAUGCACUCACGCGAGUUCUCACAACUACGUUUUGUGAAACAUAUGCCAAUGAAAGCUGGCAGGCAUCUGACUCGAGAAACCACAGUUUCUCUGACAGUGACAGAAGACCAUAUUAAGAGAAUGUAUCAGACACAGAAAAAUAUUCCAAACGCCAUGCUAUGCAAGACGCUGGAGGACAACCACUUUCUGCCCGUAGCAGUGAAAAGAGCACAUCACGAGGAUGCUCUUAGCCAGAUGCCAAUCAGGUUACCGGUGCAAGCCCUGUGGGUUGAGCAUGUGCCAGCUGGAUACAAGUUCGGCUCCUGUGAGCUUACUUUAGAAGACUCAUGGGCCCUUGAGCAAGCGACUAGGAUGCAGAGCGGCUCUACAACAUGGAGCUUCGAGAGAUCCAAGCGCCUGACUGCUUCACACUUCGGAGAUGUGGUGUCACGGAAGAAGCCAGCUGACGAGAAGUUUUUCAAGAGGCUGUUUGGGUCUAGCCAGAUGCAGACCAAAUACAUGGCUGAUGGUUUAAGGAAUGAAGCUGCAGCCGUGCAGCGUUACAUAGAGAAGAGAGAGGUCCCAGUUAGGAUUUACUGUUGUGGGUUGUGCGUCAACCCUGGUGUCCCUGUUCUUGGUGCAACGCCAGACCGUGUUGUACAGGAGGGAGGAGAUUUUGGUCUCCUUGAAGUUAAGACCCUCUCAGCUGCCAAGGAACGGGGUGAUGAAUUAGAAAAUGCUGUGAAUACGGCAUCCUACCUGAAGAAUGGAGUUCUUAAACCGACCCACAAGUACUUUUACCAGGUCCAGGGGCAAAUGGCUUUGACUGGACUCUCC